AUGUCAACUUCUAAAACCAUACUCUUCACUCUCUUCAUCGUAACAACAGUACUACAACAUGCAUCCUGCAACGCAACCGCAAACGCCACAACGAAACCGCUCUUCCCUGCGAUUCUAAUCUUUGGCGAUUCAACCGUCGACACAGGCAACAACGACUACCCUUUACAAACAAUCUUCAGAGCUAAACAUGUUCCUUACGGCAUGGAUCUUCCGGACAGGAAACCGACCGGAAGAUUCUCAAACGGAAAAAUCAUCUCGGACAUAAUCGCAACCAAACUCAACAUCAAACAGUUUGUUCCUCCUUUCUUACAACCAGAUCUCUCCGACCAAGACAUUCUAACCGGAGUCUGUUUCGCAUCAGCAGGUGCCGGUUACGACGAAGAAACCAGUCUCUCCACACAAGCCAUCCCUGUCUCGGAACAACCAAACAUGUUCAAGAGUUACAUUGUUCGUCUCAAAGGUAUCGUGGGAGACAAGAAAGCUAUGGAGAUUAUAAACAAUGCUUUCGUACUUGUGAGUGCAGGAGCUAACGAUUUCAUCUUGAACUACUACGAUAUUCCCACGAGGAGUCUCGAGUUUCCUCUCAUUUCUAGUUACCAAGACUUUGUUCUUCAGAGGCUUGAAAACUUCGUGCGGGAGAUUUACAGUCUAGGUUGCCGGAAUAUUAUGGUUGGAGGUCUACCGCCAAUAGGGUGUUUACCGUUCCAAAUGACUGCUAAAUUCCACAACAUUUUUAGAUUCUGUCUCGAACAAGAGAACAGAGACUCUGUUUUAUACAAUCGGAAACUUGAGAAGCUCUUGCCCCAGAUCGAAGCAUCUCUCACCGGAAGCAGAAUCUUUUACGCCAAUAUCUAUGACCCAGCGAUGGAGAUGAUCCAAAACCCUGACAAAUUCGGGUUUAAAGAGACGAAGAGAGGAUGUUGUGGAACAGGGUUCUUGGAGACAAGCUUCAUGUGUAAUGCUUUAUCUCCGACAUGCCAGAAUCGGUCGGAGUUUUUGUUCUUUGACUCGAUCCAUCCAUCGGAAGCUACCUAUAAUAUCAUGGGCAAUGUUCUGGAUCCUCAGAUUCGUAGGAAAUUUCAGGCUUAA